CGAGCGGUCUAUAAUAGUCCCGGGUGAUGAUAUUCUCCUAUAAAAUAUACUCAUCGAAGGUCUGCACCAGUGUCUGUGUUGAUAUAGAAUUGUCGACAUAGAUGAGACAGUAUGUGGAUACAACACACAGUAUCGGACUACCUGUACCAGAUAGCCUUGGUGUCCACAGUCUUCCUCCUCGGUAAAUACUACAUAGGAUGGAGAAAGUGGUCCAAUGUUCCCCCGGGGCCACAACCACUACCCCUCAUAGGGAACAUGGGGUACUUCAGAUCCAAAGAUAAGUUACAAACGUUUCGGAAACUUAGAAAGAUUUAUGGUGAUGUUUUCAGUCUUCGUGUUGGCGGCAAUUUAUUUAUUGUGUUCAACGGCUAUGAAACUUUAAAGGAAGCAUUUGUUAAAAAUGGCGAUGUUUUCUCGGACAGACCAAGAACGUAUAUUAUGGAGCUGAUGUCCAGAGGGAGAGGCAUAUCCGGGAGCUCGGGAACGACCUGGAAAGAGACCAGGGCAUUUACCAUCAGCGCUCUCCGAGAUUUUGGAUUUGGAAAAAGGUCAAUGGAAGCGAAACUCAUGGAAGAGGUUGAGACGUUUUUAGCUGUUAUAAAGAAAACAAAUGGAGAACCAUUUGACAUAAAGAGUGUCAGUUACACAAGUGUGUCAAAUGUCAUCUGCAGUCUGAUAUUUGGCCGUAGAUUCGAUCAUGGUGACGAGACGUUUGAAACCCUUCUGGAAUUAUUGGACCAAAAUUUUAAACUUGUUGGGCAAACUGGUAUUAUUGGUAUUUUCCCGUGUUUAAGAUAUUUACCGGGGGACAUGUUCGGAGCAAAACGCUUGAUAAAGAAUACUGCUAGAAUUAAAAAAUUCUUCGUCGAACAGAUAGAGUCUCAUAAGGAAGGCUUUGAUUUAACAAAUAUCCAUGAUUUUACUGAUGCCUUUCUGAAAGAACAGAAAAAUCACGUAGGCGAACCCAACACCAUUUUUACAGAUGACAACCUCACAACAUUAAUCGGAAAUGUGUUCUCUGCCGGAACGGAAACGACUGCGACAAGUAUCCGAUGGGCAGUACUCUACCUUUUACAUUACAGAGACAUACAGGACAAAUUAAGACAGGAAAUAGAUCAAGUCAUCGGAAGGUCUCGGGCGCCAUCUAUUUCCGAUAAACAAGACAUGCCUUUCUUCGAAGCCUUCAUUAUUGAAGUCUUACGUCACGCCAAUGUAGCCCCUCUCGCCGUGGCGCAUGGAGCCGCCCAGGAUACAAUGUACAAGGGCUUUUUCAUUCCCCGUGGGUCUAUUCUAGUCCCAAACCUCGACUCCGUCAUGAAUGACCCUAAAUUGUUUCUCCAUCCGGAAACAUUCUGCCCCUCACGGUUUAUAGGGGACGACGGAAGAGUCACGGGCUGUGACAAAGUCACAGCUUUUUCUGUUGGAAGAAGACUGUGUCCCGGGGAGACGCUAGCGAAAAUGGAACUCUUCUUAUUCCUGACUUCUCUUGUUCAGAACUUCCGGUUGCUUCCCGAGGACCCAACUUGUCUACCAUCAUUACAGGGGUUUAUGGGAAUGACAAAAUCUCCCAAACCAUUCAAACUACGAGCAAUUAAACUAUAGAUAUACAUUUUAUAUACUUGCGUCGCUUAUAUGACAUGUUGUAUAUAACAAAUGGGUGUUCCUUAUGUGAAUUGUGUUAAAAAAACGUCUCGUUUCAUUGUGUACUACAAAAUUUCAGGACUGUAACUCAACGAAAGUGCAUGAGAUAAAUAACAUUUCUAUUAAUACCUCAAAUUUCCAAACUAUUUAGAGAAUUAAAUUGAACACAUAAAAUACAUCAUUCUUUCCUCUUUUUUCUUAGUGUCUUUUCAUCGCACUUUUAUGUUAUUCAUGUUGUUAUCGUGAAUAAUUUUGGAAUACUGUUAAGACGGAAUAUUCCAGAAACAUUUUUUUGCUAAGUUUUCUCAAGCAUUGAACUGUUACCAGAUGCUAGUAUCGACUAUUAUUACUAGUAUUAUUGACUCUAAAAUUAUUUUAAUGAAAGUGGUCCUGACAGUAGGUGAAGGACAUUUCGUUUGAACGGAUUCCAUGUCUUAUCGGUCAGAUAAGUGUCUCUCGGUAGCAGACAAUGUUCACAGGGGCUUGGUUUCGAAUUUUGAGUAAGAUAGGCAAUUGACAUAAGAUGAUAACCACGACAUUAAAAUCCAGUCUGUAUACACAUCCAAAAACAAUGUCGAUACCCCCGAUUUUUGAAAAAUGCUGGACUUUUGAUGUUGUCUUAUACUUGCAUUUCUCAAAAUUCGAACACGAGACCUUGUGACGACAAUGACAAAAUUCGAAAACGAGCCCCUGUGACGACAUUGACAUUUUGGUAAUUUUGGUAUCUGGAUUUGCUCUUAAAAUAAUUUUGUGAAAAUUAGAAACCUACAUUCCUUAUAAAAAUGUAGCGUCAUAACAUAUGAAACUGCUUUAUUUUUGUGGUUGCUUAUAUGCCUAAAUGCUAAAAAAAUUAGAAGGCGCUCUAGACCUGUAGAUACCGAAAGUAAAUUGAGAACACUUGGAGCUGUAUAAAUAUACUCACCGAAUCACUGUAGUAAACUGUCUCAUAACUACUAUUUGGUUUACUUACGCCAUAUAUAGGAAACGCAACACAUAAUAUAAAUACUAUAAGUAUAUACAUUGUAAUAUAUUCCCGUCUUAGAUACAAGUAUCUGAUAAAUUGUCAUAUCUGUACUUAUAUAUGUGAUAGGGUACAUACUGUAUACGUACAAUGCUAUUGCCGACACUUAUUUUGUUUAAUAUGGCACAGACUGUUCAUAUGGGCCAUUUUAAUUAACACGCUGUCGAUAUAGGUCGUUUUUAUAAGCACGUUAAUGGAACAUAUGGAAGUGUUUCUAUUUUUUCGGUAUUUGCAGCAAUGUAGUUUCAAAACUAAUAUUAAGGAAAUGCGAUUUUCUCUCACCAUCAGUGUAUGUCAGGAAGUAUUAACAUAUUCAAGCAUGUGACCUGGUGUUAACCUGUGGAAUCUAUAGAGGUGUUCUAUGUAUGCCCCUUGGUAUUCUAUUGAAAGACUCCAUAUGAUCAAUAAAUAAAUAUUUCAUCUUCCAAUCAUGUAUGUGUUACAAUAUGUGAUGUAUGACAAUGGAAUUGUAUAUGUCUCCAUCGAAGUGCUUCACAUUCUCAUUAAAAUCAUGGCUCCUCUUCUACUUUUGUACUUUAAAACAAUAUACCCUGGUUUCUACCACAUUACGCUGUGUUACUCCACUCUCAGGCCAUGUAAAACUAUUGUGACUGUUUAAUGUGUUUUUCAUAUUUCCCUAGUGUAAUAUAACCUUCCGGUAUUUUGAUUGAUCUAGAAUUCGAACUUUGACCCGAACUCUAAUUGUUUUCACGUUCCCCUUUGAUUCAAGCUGAUGUUAUUGUGGUAGGAACAGGUCACACGACUCGUCAUUUUUUAUAUGUAAUUUAUUUCACACUCGUAAGUAUACAUGAUGUAGUAGUAAAUUGGUGUGAUUUAACAAGAUUUUGAAACUGGAGAAAAAUAAUAAAAACACACAAUGAAA